AUGGAGGAUUUUAUGACAACUUCACAAAAAAUAGCUAAUGCAAAUCGCAAAUUUCUUGAUUUCUCUCGUAGUAAUCAUGAUGAUGGUAAUCAUAAUGAUGAUAAUGAUGAUGCUUGGGUCACUUGUGAUCAAGCUGAAACUAUUUUAAACGACCUUGGUUUUAAAUCUUCGACUAAAAUGAGUGCACUUAUUGGUGAAGCUGAUCCCAAUGGUUUAAACCAAGUGAAAUGGAAUAAUCUACUUUACAUAAUACAUUAUUUCACGGAAAAUAGUAAUCCAAAUAAUCCAAAUGAAGAUGAUGAUACAAAUGAAGAUAAUCAAUUAUCGAAUUUACCUGUAAAGGUGAUGGAGGUAAUGGGAUAUUUUACUCAUAUGUCUUUUCAAUUGACCUCGUCCGUUAUGGAUGUUGAAAAUUAA